GGAGAGCAGGAGAUGUGGUAUUAUUGUUUCUUAUCGUCGAUAAUGUACAUUCUAUAAUCUGAGACACGGAUUUGAAAGUCGCCCGCCAGUUCGUACCCCUCCUUCUUCUGGAACCCAGUACGCAAACAUGAUGCAGAUAAUGAUGACGUUGGAGAGAAAGUCGUUGAUGCAGCGCGGAUCAAGAUGCCGUGUCACCUCACACAACAGCCAGCAGCCGCCUCUCCUGCGCGAACCGCGCCAGCAAAAGGAGGAAACUGCCAAUAAUCAGGCUGACCCCGGAGUAAAGCGACAGAGCCAGGUAGCCAUACGACCCUAUGAGCUCGCCGCUGAUUGGGACACUUGCCAUUGCACUGCAUUUGUCAGCCCUGGGUUCAAAUAGGAAUUCAGCGGCGUCAAUAGCUUACGAGAAGGAAGCAGCAGCCAUGACCGCGCCGACUGUCAGGCCGAUGGUCUGAGGGGUUGAAAUCUGGACAGCGCAGACUUGCUGGAGGGAGAGGAUGGCCUGUGAUGUAUGUUAGCGUCGCCUCAAUGGAUGAUGAUUGACUUACACCAGAAGUGAAUCCGUAGGCAGCCGACCAGAUCACCAAGCCGGCAACAGAAGUCGCCUUUGUCCAGCAUAGUGCGAUGAUCCCAGAUACAAAGACUGCAGGGAUGCAGAGAUUAAACCUCCCAUACUUGUCUGCAACGAUACCAGGUAUGAUUCGGCCAAACAUGGAUGCUCCGUUGACGAUCGAGACCGUGUAGAAGGCGAGAUCGUCCGAGAAUCCCUCGUGAACCGCGUACGAGGUCGUGAAAAAGAAAGGAGAAAACAUUCCAAAGUAGGUGAUGAAGAAGCCAAGGCAGGUGAGGCGAACCGCGGGUCGACUGAGCACGGAAAAGUCCGGUCGACGCUGUGGUGCAGGUUUGGCCUCUGCCGUCGCAGAUUCGUUGUCUGUUUGAGCAGCAACCGGCUGAGCGUUGGGUGCCGGUCGACAAAGGGUGCAGGUAAUCAUGAGCAGAGGAAUCAUGAUGAACCCGACAAUCCGCAUGGUCCAGCCGAACCCCAAGCUCGGUUUCUUGAGCAGUUCAUUGAUGACGAUGGGCCAUACCACACCCCCAAGCGACGAGCCAGCAAUGACAAUACCGAUCGCAGCAGCACGAUUGACCUUGAUGUACUGCCCUACGACAGCAACCAUGGGAACGACCAGGAGAGACAUGCAGAUGCCCAUGAGAAAGCCUUGAGCGAGGAUGAACUGCCAAAAGGCGUGGCAGAGAGACGUCAUCAUAAUCGAGAAGAUCGUGCCCACUGAGCCCACGAGUAAUAUAACCUAGCUUGUUAGCUUGAUUCGUUGGAAGGAUGAUCAAUGAGUAUACCGUGGGCCCAAACAGAUCCAUCAACGACCCGGACACAACCGACCCGAGAAAAAUGAAGAAGAUGCUGACACCUCCGAGCCAGGCGACUGUCGACUCGGAUUCAUCUUUGAGCUGGUGCUGGAGGUAAUAUUCUUGGAACACACCAAAGGAGUUGAUGAAACCGACUGAGCAGAAAAGUGAGAGAGAUGCGCCACAGAUGACCCCCCAUGCUCUCGGACUGUGGCUGUCAGCAAGAGGAUACAAAACUCAGGAUUCCUCUCCGUACGUGUAUUCACUUGGAGUCUUGGGCUGCGACAGGGAUUGGUCUUGCUGUUGCAUUGUGAAAUGAGGGUAUAUUAUUCGGCUGUUGGAUUGGAUUGAAUGCAUAGUUCAGUCAAUGGCUCCGAAUUGUGGUUUAUAUCUUUUGUUGUUGCUGAAGAAAAGAUGAGCUGACUGCCUCCCGGCGCUGGCCGGACACUCCGCGGAAGUCCCAAUGGGGCAGGUCAUGACUGCCGUUCCGAAUGUCUUAAAGGUCUGCCUUCUUGGUGACUGUUAAUCGAGGAAGAUGGCAUCAGCGAUGCGAUUCAAACCAUUAGCCUCGUGAUACUGAUGACAAGUGCUAAGCAGUGAACAAGGAGACAAAUUUUGUUGCUGAGAAAUCGUGUUCAUUCAAUAUUCCCCGAUUCGGGAGGCGCAACACGUGAUGAUGAUCUUCCAAGCGAGAAACACUUUCUCUCCGCAACCUCGCGCCAUGAAGCGAAAGUCGGCACCAGAACAACCAAACGCGGCGCCAAAGCGCGCUCCCAGACAGGAUCCCGUGUCUUGUGAGUCGUGUCGCAAGAAGAAGCUCAAAUGCGAUCGCCAGGUACCGUGCAGCAGCUGCGUCACGCGGCGACUCAACUGCAGCUUCACCGGCGGCGCCCGCUCCCACUUUGCUCGCAUUGACCCGCACCCCGAGAGAGCACUGCAGACGAUAUUCAGAGUAGCUCAGCCUGAAUCUACUCGCGAUACCAACUCACGGUCGGUCGCUGCGGACUCGUGUACCCAGAGCAGAGAAUCGCUGGUGACUGCGGAAUGGCUGGAACACAUCCACAUGGGCGACCGCGUCCCCGCGGCCCUGUCUCCCCAGUUGCGAGCGGAGCUUGAUGAGAGACCAGAGCCAAUACCUCAGGUUUCAGGGACGGCGGGCAAUUUGCUAUCUCUGAUGCCCAGAGCUUGGAUUCCAAAUGCGAACCCGGCCACUGUCGACCUCAUUCAACACCUUCCUCCGAAGGAGGACACAAUCGGACUGCUGAAGUACUACUGCUCUUACAUCGAUUUCCUAUACCACAUCAUCAUCCCAGCUACCGUUGAACGGCAGAUUGACGAUAUCUACCAGUGUGUCGAAACCGGUAGACCCGUCAACUGCAGCUACCUCGCUCUGGUAUUCGCAAUCUCAGGUUCCGCCACCUUCGUCCAGUUCGCUAUCGAAUCCUCUGCGCAGGCCGCUCGGUGCACUCACCAAUUCAUCUUUCUGUGUGGCGCGGCACUUGUUCAAGCUAAUCAUACCCACUACCCGACCGUCGAGGGACUGCAGGCCGCCGUGAUCGUACAACACCAUAUCUCCACAGUCCACUGCUCUGCAUCAAUACGGGGCAUGUUCUCGCUGGCGUCUAUCGUGACCCAGGCAAAAGAUAUGAUGUUGCAUCGGGUCGACACUGUGCAGGCCAAGAAUGCCCGGGAAACAGAAGCAUAUGAUCCUCUCGAGCUGGAGACAAAGCGGCGACUGUGGUGGGACAUUGCAUCACUCGACUGGUUCCUUGGCUUCUUGAGUGGCCCGCAAGAGUGGACAUAUCUCGUAAACCCCAACUUUGCAUCUACGGAUAGGCCCAUGGAUCUUCCAGAUAAUGCGAUCGGACGCCCAGACGCGGGAUCUACGGCGACUCCAUCAGACAUGACCUACUUUCUCGAACGGCUGAGGCUUUCAGAAGUCUGCAAGACCAUCAUUGACACAAUCGGCCAUGAGCAGGUUAGCGGGAAGGAAGUCGACUACGCCAAAAUUCUCGACCUUGAUCGACACAUCCGAGAGGCGCAAAGCGAAAUACCGGACGUCUUCCGUCUAGAUGCCACCUCGCGAAGGCGAUUCCGCGCUCUAUACCACGAGCAACCGACUCUAGCAUGGCAACGCUGUAUCCUGCAACAAGCAUAUUAUUCCCGUCUCUGCCGCCUACAUCGUCCAUUCUUCAUCCGCGGAGCUCGCGACGCAAAGUACUCUUACUCACACGUUAUCGGCAUGACAUCGGCAAGAAAGGUCCUCGAGGUCAACCGCAUCAUGGACGAAGAGGACCCGCGAUACCCACCUUCCACUGCCGUCGUCUGGGCAAUUAUGCACCAUGUCUUCAUGGCCGCCGUCAUGAUGCUGCUGGACGCCUGUUACAACCCAGAUGACAUACUUGGAGAAAAGCGCAAAGAGGAGGUUCUCGAUGCUUGUCGCAGACUCAGCAGGGCGCAACAAUCUUCGUCUCUGGUACGGGAGGGAAUCGAUGCAAUGAUGAGCGUUCUCCGGAAACAAUACAGGGGUGGCAGACUGCCCAACGAAACCGCAGCCCCGGCACCUGCGCCGCAAGGAGACUCGCUCGAAGCCCGGGACGCAUCGGCAUACACGAUUCCACGCGCACCUCAGCAACCAGCUCAACCCGGCAAUCCUACUACUUUUACCUCGUUUGACAGUCCUGCCGAUCUAUCGGGUAGGGAUUUGGAGGGUAUAUGGUCCGAUCUUAUCGAUCAUGGGGCGGAUUUCGAGUACUCUGGUGAGGACUGGUCGGGGUUAUUCAGUGAUCUCACCAACGUUCCUAUGCCGCCUUGAUAUCUUAUUGCUUUUUUGACGAUCAGGGAACGAAAGCUGGAAGAGUUUGGCUAACGAAUAAGUGUACGAGUAUUUUGCGAUUCUUUAUUUAACGUACAGAAGACACUCAAUAUACCCAGGAGGAACGUCAUAUUCUUUGCAACCUGCUGUAGAUUUGCUCUCAGAAUACCCAAGACUCCCCAAUCGUCCUUCCUGCUGUUCUUCCCUCUGAAGUCUUCGAAUAAACUGACAGGACCGCGCUGCCCCCACGCAACCCAUGGAUGUCUUUCAAGAGGACAACCAAAUCCACGUCGUAAGCGCACUCUACCAAGUCCAUCAAUCCAGGAUCUAACCAUCGCAGCUCUUGCUCGGAGUAGCAUUGGCCUCGCAAAUCUCUCCCUCUCUCCUGGCAGGUAGCAACUACCGGUAUACGCCAUCCGUUCGAGCGGGACGGUAACCCUGAG